AUGAUAGUCCGGUUAUCAUGGCUUGUUGCCAUCAUCAUUGUCAUUAUCCUCCACGCAACGCCGGGAUCGGCACAGGAUGAAGUCGCGACAUCUGAAAUCACGCCUCCCGAGGCCACAUCCAUUGAAAUCCCACCCCCUGAAGCAACACCGGUCGAAGUCCCUCCCGAGCCCAUCCCCAACCCCGAGGAAAUCACGGACCCAGUUGUCCCCGAAGAAGAAGGAAGUGAGAUCGAAGGGACAGGAGAAGAGCAGCACGAGGACGAGGAUGUUAUCCCCUACACGACCCCACACCUCCCAGAGGAUUGCAGUGACAUUCGCAUCUUCAGUGCCCGGGGGUCCAAUGAGCCCUACCCCGGCCGCGGCGGCGAGAUGUUGGGCGUCAUGUGUUCCAAGUUCGAGCCCCAGGGCGUGUCGUGCGACUACGAGGACAUUGUCUACCCGGCCAACAUCUCCUACUCGGGGUUCUAUUGUGAGUCGGCCAACGCGGGCGCAUACGCCGGCCAGGCCCAGCUGAGGGCGUAUGCCGAGCGGUGUCCGGAUUCCAAAUUGGUCCUGCUGGGCUAUUCUCAGGGCGCGGCUGUCGUCGGUGAUAUGUUGGGUGGCGGUGGCGGGCCCAUCUUUGGGUGUGAUCAGGCUUGGAAUCCCUCGCUGCCUCGAGACACGGCGCCUGGAUCGAAGAUCGCCGCCGUGGUAGCCAUGGGGGACCCUCGCUUCACCGCAGACCAGCCGUACAACAUCGGCCGCGGCUCGACCUACAAUGGCACGGCGCCACGGUCGGGCCAACAACUCGACGACCUCAACGUCUACGAGGACAUCACGGCCAUGUGGUGCAACGCCGGCGACCCCGUAUGUGCGGUCGGCAGCGACCCGGUCAACAUCUCCGCCCACUGGAGCUAUUACGACGAAUAUUCCGUCGUCGCGUCCGAAUGGGUCGUGGCCACCGUCCUGCACCACCCGGACGUCCGACUCGACUUGGAUCUCGACGGACGCAACGAGAGUGUUGUCUUGACGGGGUCGAACAGUUCAGACGAUAACGAUGACUCUGGAGGCGACGGGGCUGAGAACAAGGCAACGAGCUUGACAGGUCUUGCAGGCGGUGGGAUAACAGGUCGACUCGGCGUUGCAGUGUUGGUUACCGCGGGUUUGAUCUGGACCAUCUAA